GGGUGAGACCGUUUCUGGUGCCGGUAAUGCGCCACUCUCCAACGUCUGGAAGUCCAAAAGGAGGCAUAAAAUCUCCAAUCCCUGUUCCAUCCCGCUGUGUGUUAGAUAGCGAGCUUCGGGGGUGCGGGGAUAGCAAUGAGAGCACUGGUAUCCAGGAUAAACAGGGAGCUGGCCGCGACGCCACGGCCUUCAUUAGCGCUGAAGUCUCUCGGCUCCCGCUUCUCCCACCACCACCACGAUAGCCCAACAAAGAAGGAGAAGAAGAGCAGCUAUAUCCUGGGACCAGACCUCCCUGACAUUUGGAGCCCUCCCAGAUCCACCCCUCCUUGCCCUCCACCGUCUCAAACCCCAGUGGAUUUCGAGUUGAUCCCAACAAUUAUCGAUGGAAAAUCUAUUGCAGAUGAAAUAAGAUCUGGAAUUGUUAAAGAAGUAUACCAAAUGAAGGAAUCAAUUAGUAAAGUUCCUGGACUGGCUGUGGUUUUGGUGGGUCAGAGAAGGGACUCCCAAACUUAUGUGCGUCAUAAAAUAAAGGCUUGUCAAGAAGUUGGUAUCAGAUCUCUGACGGCAGAAUUGCCUGAUGAUUGCCCAGAGGAUGAAGUAGUGAAUACAGUGUCGAGCUUUAACGAAGAUCCAUCUAUUCAUGGUAUCCUAGUGCAACUACCUUUACCACAACAUAUGAAUGAGGAGAAACUUUUGAAUGCUGUAAGUUUAGAAAAAGAUGUUGAUGGCUUCCAUCCACUGAAUAUGGGAAAUCUUGCUUUGAGAGACAGAGAACCUCUUUUCAUCCCCUGUGCUGCAAAGGCUUGUAUUGAAUUGUUGCUCCGAUCUGGUGUUGACCUCAAGGGGAAAAAUGUGGCUGUGAUUGGGCGAAGCAAGGUGGUUGGGUUGCCCCUUUCCUUGCUAUUGCAGAGGCACCAUGCUACGGUAAGCAUUAUUCAUGCCUUCACAAAAAACCCAGAAGAUAUCACUCGUGGAGCCGAUAUUGUGAUCUCAGCUGCAGGGGUGGCCAACCUGGUACGUGGAAGUUGGCUAAAGAAAGGCACAAUUGUAAUUGAUGUUGGAACAAAUCCUAUUGAGGACCCUAGCAGUGAGCAUGGUUACUACCUCUCAGGAGACGUUUGCUAUGAAGAAGCAUUGCAGGUGGUCUCAGCUAUUACCCCAGUUCCUGGUGGAGUUGGACCUGUGACGAUUGCCGUGCUUCUUUCCAAUACGCUUGAUUCAGCCAAACGAGCAUAUGGAUUAAGCUAGUGGAGUUUUGGGAACAUUGUCUCAUUAUCUCAUGAUUUGUCAUUCCUGUUAUCACUACAGCUUCCAUUGUAAAAUUUUGUUUUCUUUUUCCUUAUUUUAAUUUUUGCUUUGCACCAAGGGGUGGAUUACCCUUCAAUCUUAUUUCAUUUUUAGUUCAUGAAGCUGUGUCAAUUACCAG